AAGUGGACCAUGAAGCCUAACUUGGUACUAACUUUAGCUAGGGCUUAGAUGCCCGUGGCACCACCUACAGCAAGGUUAGCACCUGUUAGUGUCGGGAACGGGUUGCCCUUGACCUCUUGCGGACUUUCAGCUGGACAAUUAUCGCAAUAGCCUCAUCGAAUGCGUGCGCGUCGCUAUUUUGAUGUUAGCCUAGACAUGCAUCUCUCCACAGUUCUUUAAUUGGUGGCUUGCAUUAUGUACUUCGUCAAUGGGAUACGAUUACUUCAGAUAAAUGUCCAUCAGGAUUCGGGAUCCCAAAGAUUCGUUCGCUUCCUCCUAUCUCCUUUACCAGUUCUCCAAACCCAGGGGAUGUUCAAUCGUUAAUACAUUCGUUCUUUUGAAUCUUUCUUGAUACUAAUAAUAACUACCACGAUGCUCUCUGCAAGGUCUCUACUAGUCAGUGUGGCUGCAUUGGCGCAUAUUGCUUUCGGCCAACCCGUUUCAACAACAACGAGCGCUUCGGCUCCGCAAUGCACCAAUGAUAGCCUACUGAGCCUUUUCUGUGAGGAUGAUCACAGAACGAAAGCCUCGUCCUUCUGCGCGAACUUACUUCAGACGGUUACUGCUACCUCUACUGUCCAGCCGACCACGACCAUUCUCACAACGGUAACAGUUACUCCUUCAACAGAUGUUAUCACUGCAACCAAUGUGAUCGGGUCUACCAUCACCACGAUUGAAUUAUCCGUCACCACGAUCCUCACUAUCGUUACGACGACCAUCAGCACAUUGACAGUCGUUGACACCAGCUUAACCACCGUCUCGAUAACCGAUUUCACCACCACAACAGACGUAGCGACUACGACGGUGACAUCUACCACUGUGGAAGUCAGCGUAACGACUGUCACACCGACUGCGACCGUUUUCAAGCGCGACAGCAAGUGCGGUGAUGUGCCUGACUGGUUGCGCCCAGUUGCGACGAAAGCGACCUCGGAUCUGGCCAGCGCCUGCUCCUGCUUGAUGUACCCUACUGCCACUACCAUCACUGUGACAGUAACGGGAUCGCCGAUCACAGAAUCUGCUCAGACAACUAUCUCUACCAUCGCGAAGAUCACAGAGACUGUGGACUUUACCAGUGUGACCACCGACGUAGAGGAGAUCAUUACAAUUACCUCUCCAUUGACAUCCAUCGUCGAAAAGACGGCUACAGCGACAGAGUCAACCACGCUGACUCUCACCGAGCAAUUCACCGAUGUUUCCACGGUCACAGUUACUGACACCAUCACAGCGGUUGCGGCCACUGCAACGACGAUAACCUCGACGGCUACUAUCGUUGCUACCACGUUCACACUCGCGCCGUAGGGCCAAUUAGCGAGCAUUAUCUUGGUUAACUCAAUCUUGCCUAUACGUAACACGUCUCGAUAGCCAAAUGGACUUUUGAAACAACCGGAAUCGUGAUAUUUAUUCUUCUGUGCCCCGGUGUGUGCUUGUUGCGUCAAAGUCUCCUUUUUAUUUCGUUACUUAUAUAAGAAAUACCGUGGUUUACAGACGAGAAAUCGCCACCAAGCUUUGUUUCAAAAGAAGAAAAAUACACAAAACGCCCGUAGCCGUAAACUCAGCUUUCUAAAAUUAUGC